AUGAGCUCGAAGAUAGGGGAGACGCCGAGCGCUGGCAUAAGCGCUGCCACCGUAUCCGGCUCUUUGGAACAUGGCAUAGACUCUCUCAAGGCGAUACAGAAGCAGUAUCGUAGAUGGGAACCCUUGCCCAAAAUCCUGUUCGGCUUUUGCGUGCUGCCAUUCAGUCCGGAAUUGGAAUCAUUAGAUGUAGGCCUUCUGCAACAGUCAUCGCGAGCUGAAACUCAAGAAGCUCUCGCGACCGUUCAGUCGCACCUUAUCGGACUAGAAAUAGGCGACGAAGUGUACAUCUUCGAACAGCUCGGCCACGCCGAUGUGGCUUGGUUUCGCGGCUAUGUCGUCUCCAGCAAUAGGGUGCCUCAAGCCGCUGCAAGCAACAGCAGCCGAAGCGAGUACUCCGCUUUUCCAGGCAGUCAAGCCGGCAAGUCGGGAGUCGCUGUCGUUGAGGAGCCACAAGUAUACGUCGGCCUGUUCCCCUCGACUCACAUCCAUAUCCGCGAACAGCUGGACGAUGCCGAGCUGAGGUUGGCGGAGGUCCAUGCUCUUGCAGUGGAGCAAGGCAUCGUCGGAGCGACAGCCCCUCCGCAUGGUGGCAAGUCUUCGACUUCGCAUAUGGAGACUGUGCAUGAAGAAGAUGAAGGCUCAUCAAGCGCUCCUGGAACCCCGACCCCGGCAAGUGUCGCGGCGCCCAAGUCAACCCCAGAUACUCGAGACUCUGACACAUUCGUGCUAGAGAACUCGAAUGGUGAUGCGGAACGCCCUCCUCCGCCUCUGCCAAGUCUCAAGUGUGGAGACGAGACCGCCAGCGGAAGCGAUGAGCCGCUGGUGGACGAAAUAGCGUGCGCUUUGCGCGAAUGGAGCAGCCUUAUGUACACCUACUUGGCACGCCGCGACUACGGUCUCUUCAAUGCUGUUCGCGAGCAUACCGACUUGCUGCACGUCGCUCGGAGGCAGCUGCUCGCACAGACACUUAGCGCUGAAGAAGUGUCGAAACUGCGCAGGGAGUGUGUAGCCAGGUUGGUCAAGGGCAACGUGCUGCAAGGGCUCGACGUCAUUGUGCGACACCCGGGUCGCGGAGGUCUCGUGGACGUGGACUUUACCGGGAAAGAUAGCGAUCCCGAAAGCUGGGUCAGCGGCAUUAGGCUUUUUGCUUUGCAAGCAAGCUUAGCGUACGUCGAUCAGCAAGGGAACGCAUCGACUAGCGCGGGCGUGGCGAAUAGCACUCAAUCCAACGGUCUCGAAGUUGCUGCUAGCACUGCAUUCGGUAUAAGCGCUCCUUCCACGUCCACAGCUGGGGUCCUUGGCGCUUCCUCCAGCUUUGCUGGCGGUUCGGGCAGCAGAUCAGCCAAGCAUAGCAGCAUUGCGCCGGCUCCACACGCACGGUCCAGCGCCACGAAUGGCGGCCCCUCAUCAGGCAGAGACCCCCCAACAAGAGGUGUCAAGGUGAGCAUACAAUCGUCCUUGAUUCGAAGAGCACUACUGCUCACCACUCAUAUGUCACUUGCUCUUGCAGUACUUCCACGUGUACCUCGACGUCAAGGCUUUCGUGGCAAGCCCAUGCGUCCCCGGGGAAACGUGCGAGCUGUACCUCUCGCUUUACAACAAAGCCGAGUCACGCUUUUUGACCGAAGAGUAUUGUGUAGUGCUGAAUCACCAAGGUGUGCCUGCGCGAGAAAGCGAAGGUCGCCUUGGCAAAAUGCGGACCCUCUUCACCGACCUAAGCGCAACGGACAUGCAAGAGCUCAAUGUUGUUUGUCGCAUCGUCCGCAAUGGUGCCAUGCGCAUCACAGCUGUGGACUCCAUCCGCUCGGCGCAGUCUUCUGGAUUGCUGCCAGCGGACGUCUUGUCCGGUGACUUAACCGAUGCGGGCUCGAUCGAUGGCGACUUGCCGCCCGGCGGAGUUCCAGGCAUGCGUCCGAAUCGGAUGGCGAGCACCCGAGCUUUCAGGCGUCCAUUUGGAUGCGCAGUGCUCGAGCUCGGAGACCACCACAAAUUUCAGACCGACAUCGCCACGAGCAGUCCGAUGCGGGAGCACGUGAUGCCGAUUUUCGUCCCACUCAACGAGGCUGCAUUCAGCACGCUGCAUCAAGACAUCAUAGCUUCGCGUAUCAGAGAAUUUGAGAAGUCACCUAGAGCAGAGCUUCUGGCAGUCAACAUCAAAGUUUUGCAUGGCGAAGCCACGAAUCUGGUGCACGAGAAUCCCAGUCUGUUGCAGGAUGCGCCGCUGACUGCUCGUCUAGGCUUUCCAGACGUCGUGUUCCCCGGUGAUCGCCGAAACGAAGCAUACAUCAAAUUGUGGAGUGGAGAAUUCUUCCCUGCCGGCACGAAGGUGCCUGGGGGUGGCACGCAGAAGAAUAUACAGGUCUCCGCUGAGAUACGGCUCCGAGAUGGCAGCGUGCUCGAACGUGCAAUUUCGCGCGGAGCCGGGGAGCGACUUGUCACGCAGUUCGACUCCACUGUCUUCUAUCAUCAGAACGCGCCUACCUGGGGAGAGCUCUUCAAGCUCGAGCUUCCUAAUGAGCAGAUGGAGAAUUGCCACAUCUUCUUCAGCUUUAGGCAUCGCUCUUCGAAAGAGGAACGCGCUGGAGGUGGCGCUAGCAGGGAUGUUGCGGGGUCAGGCGGGGCAGCUAGUGGUCUUGGAACCUUGGCACAGGCUCUCAAUGCGCCGUUUGCCCACGGAUACCUACCACUCUUUGAGAAUAGCUCUGCUUUCAUUCCUGACGGCAGCCACACGUUGCUGCUCUGGAGAAGCUCCCGCCCAGCUCAGCACCUGAGCCCGGAGUUGUACUUCAGCUUGCCGCCAACCAUCUCCACGGCUCAGAAUCCCAGUGACGUCGUGCCCUCGAGUCUGGCAUCGAUCAUUCAACCGUUGCGAGAUUCCAUGACGCUUCGCACAUUUUUGGUCUCGACGCGCUUCACCCAGAACGAGGUGCUUCUAAAGCUGCUGAAUUGGGAGCGCAGCUUGUCGCAAGACUUGCAGGAACUCAAAGGAGUCCUCGUCAAAUUCACAUUUGUGGGAGAAGUUGAGAUCGUCAAAUUCUUGAGGGACAUCUUCGACGCGCUCUUUGCGAUUGUGGUGAGCCCCAAGAACGGAAGCGGUGAGCUGGACGAUCUGGUCUUCAAUGCUCUGGUUUUCGUCUUGGGCAUUGUUCAAGAUCGAAGGGUAAGUCGAUGGUUGUCUAAGCUUCGAUCGAAGUGCUCCCUGCUGACCUCCAAGCUCGUAUCCAGUUCAACAAUUUCCGCGCCACAUUGGAUGUAUACAUCGAGAAACAUUUCCACUCUCAGACAGCGUACACUCGACUGAUGGCGUCCAUGUCACGCCUUCUCGCUGAUCCGAGUCGUACAGAGACCUCCAAGGACCUACGAGCUGCGAUCAAGGUCUGGCCCUACCUGUUCAAGUUCAUCAUUACCUCUCGCCAGAAACAGGGAGACACCACAUCCGACGGCGCGAUUGGACCCCUCGGAGGCGCUGUCGACGAUCACUUCGAAGUGAGCUUCAAGAAGGAUCUUGAGACUCUUCUUCGCUCCGUCAAUCGCCUGAUGUCCAGCACGAAGCCGGCCUCCAUCGUCGGGACUCAGACGCUGGCACUCCAGCACUUUGCGGGUAUUCUGGCGGACCUAUCGAAGGUGUUCCCGAACGACGAGCUUGUACGCGUCGAGACGGCAUUCGUGGAUAGCAUCUUCAUCACCAAAGGCCGCAUGAUGGUGUGGAAGUUGCUACACAUCCUGCACGUCACAUGCACGAAGAUUUUUGACGAGUCUGAGUCUCGUGCUCAAUUGAUUCCCAGCAUCAUUCGAUGGGUCCGGCCUCACCUUGGACAUUACGAUGAAGGGGCACACACCAAUACAGGCGACCACGAAAGCGCGAGAGAUGCUGCUCGGGUAGCUUGGAUGGAAGGGGCGCGCCUUAGCGUGACCAUCAUUGGAGUUGUGCUAGACCGCUUGCAGAACAGCAUCGUCGAGCAGCGAAAGGCCGGGCCCUCAGGGGCGCGUGCCAUGCGUCAAGAGCAGGACAAUGUCGACUAUAUUCUCUCCACCAUGCCGUUGUUGCUACAGACAUACAAAGUGUUCAGCAGCCCAGAGACUGUCAAGACUCUGCUUCGGCAUCGGUCACCUUCCACUAUCGCAUCAGCGGUUCCCGUGAUGUUCCCUUCGAGCUACCCUUUUCCACUAAUGGCAAAGCGACCGGCAGGCUUCGCUGAUGGCGCGCCACCGAGAUCGGCAAGGAGGCGCCUGGUGACACACCAUCACAACUUCCUCAAUUGCGGGCUUGGAGAGAUAGCUGCCGUGCUGGUUGUGCUGGUCAUGCUCAGCCCUCGAAGACAUCUGGCCGGCUUCCUCGAUGAGCAGCUCGAUCUGGAAGGCGCAGAGAAGCUUGCUGAGUUCCUCUGCAACUUCUUCGACGUCGCUACAGGCAUCCUUCUUAACGAAGCGUAUCCGAGCACUUGGCUCAACAUCAACAUUCUGGUUCAUCAGAUGGUGUUGAAAAUCGCAGAUCCCCUUGCAGCGUUACUGGUGCGGGACUUCAUCCCGCCCGCAGACGAAUCGCAGAAGUUCAACACGACUCUCUGGAGAUCGGCCCUGGAUAUGCUGCUCACCCUGCUAUCUAGUGAUCAGCUCGUGAUCGAACAAUUCAAACCGCAACGGAGGCGGGCCGUGUGGCGUCUUGCUGGCGACAUUCGAGGAGAAGGUGCACAAAUCUUUGCCAAGCUUUGGAACUCCAUUGGCUGGCCUGACAAGCCUGACAAGCCCGUCGAUGGCCAAGAUGCAGAUGGCAGCGAUGCGGGUCGCCUCAACACUGGCGGAUUCCAAGUCCAGUUUGUUCCUUCUCUCGUGGAGCCAGUACUUGAGCUCUGUCUCAGUCACCACGACGAGUUGCGCACAUGUGCAGUAAGAGUGCUUGCUACGAUGAUCACCUCGGAGUGGCAUCUGAAUGGUGACUUCAGUGUCAUCGAAGCCGAGAUCAUCGACAAACUGGAUGUGCUCUUCAUCACCGAUACCCAAGGAGACGAGAUUUCUCGUGCUUUCUUCAUCGGCCAGCUCAGGUCUCUUUUUGAGAGCCCGCUGGUCGAUGCCAAGCUGCGAGAGCAAGUUUUGGCUUGUCUUGUCAGCGUCAAUCGCUUCCUAGAUUUACUCCUAAAUGUACGAAGUCUACCCCCGGAAGAAGGCUUCGAAGACGAUCGCGUCGCAGGCACGCUCAAGCUCUUGGGCUUUCUGCGCCAAGCAAAUAGAGUGACAGCCUUCUCGACACACGUGCUGAGGCUAGUCAAUGUAAGUGUGCUGAGGGACAUUCCAGUCACACCUGGCCGCGCUCAUUUAGCUGACGUGGCUACCCACUCUCGUUCUAGCUUCACCUUGAAAAUCGUAAUUAUGUCGAAGCUGCGCUGACGCUCAAGUUACACGCUGAUCUGCACUCGUGGGACAUGGACAACUUCGUCGAGCCGAUCCCAGACCUUGAUCUACCGCGGCAGUCUCACUUCGCUCGGAAAGAGACCUUGUACACGCUCAUCCUAGACUAUCUCGGAAAAGGUUCCGCAUGGGAGAUCUCUAUCGACAUCUGUCGCGAGCUUCUUCAUCAGUACGAGUAUCGCUCAGUGGACUACGGACGCCUUGCCGACGUAUUGCGUUUACAAGCUUCACUGUUCGAGAAGAUCGCAACCGUCGAGCGUACGUUCCCUAGCUAUUUCCGCGUUGCGUACUACGGGCAAUCCUGGCCAAACAGUCUUCAAGAUAAGAUGUUCGUGUAUCGCGGCCUCGAUUGGGAGAAGUUUGGUGCUUUCUGCGAGAGACUGCACCAGAAGCAUCCGAGAGCGACGCUCAUCAAGAGCACCUCAUUGCCUGAUGAGUCGAUCCGUCAUGGAGAGGAAAUGUACUUGCAGGUCACUGCUCUUCAACCCGAGGCUGAUAAGCUCAAGGACAUCUUCACCAACGCCGAGGUACCGCCGGUCGUGCGCGCUUACUUUGAGCACAACGCGACCGACCUAUUCAGCUUCGCGAGGCCGAUACGGAAAAGCCCUGAGGGAACGAGGAAGCCGGUCACGGCCGGCACGCAAAGCGCAGAACCGCAGAACCUCUGGGUUGAAAAGACCUAUCUGCGCUGUGAAGACCAUUUCCCAACUGUCCUGCGGCGCAGUCAUGUGGCCGAACUUUGGACCGUCGAGCUGUCGCCCUUGCAAAAUGCCAUCGACGACGCAGAAGCGAAGACUUCAGAGCUGGAAAGCUUGGAGAAGAAGUAUGCUGCACUGAAUCAAGUGGUGUCCGGCAGAAAUCAAGCCGCGGCGCGAGGAGCCAACACCAACCGCCUCUCCAUGGCGCUGAACGGCGCUGUCGAUGCACCCGUGAAUGGCGGUAUCCCCAUGUACAGAAAGGCCUUCUUUUCCCCGCAAUUUGUGUCAGCAAACAGUGAUAAAGAGCCUCUUAUUCACAAGCUUCGGGAGGCCAUCGACAAGCAGGCUCUGGUCAUCCAUCGCUGCAUCAAGUUGCACGCGCGCAUGUGUCCGCCGGAGAUGCGGCCGUUUCACGAUACUUUGGAGCGUUGUGAGUCGUAUCAGUAAAGGCGACAAUUCUGCGCCAAGUCUUUGCUCAUCCGCAUUCUCUUGCGUUCAUCGCAGUCUUCAAGCAAAAUUUUGCAGACGAGAUCAGUCGCCUCGAGCUCGAAGUCGGUACGACCGAAGAGGAAGUCGGCCGUUCUAGCAGUGGCCAUCAGACUAGCGUAGACAGCGGUAGAAGCAAUCAAAUCACCACACUGUCCACAAGCGGCAACGCUGGACUUUUGCUCGAACAGAACCCGUCGCACGCAUAUGCGUUGGAUGCGAAUAGUCGUCUUCAGCGCGCUCCGCAUGGAUCCGAUCACCCGCCUGCUCAGAGCCCGCUUCAAAAGCACAUCAGUGAGUGUCGGGCGUCCGAGAUAAGUGAGCGCUGACACAUUACCCUGCGCUGACCUCUUUCCUGCGAGAUUCACAGCGAGCCUGUCGAAGCAAGCUCGACCAAUCAAGUCCUCGCUCGGACAAUUGGAUGGCGAAACGCUGGACGAGGAACCGCCAAUCGCCAGUCCUGAGCCCGGCGUCGGUAGCCCUGUGCCCUACGCUCUCUCACCCAACGGAGCUUCAGAUGGCGCCACCAUGCGAGGUGCCACCCACACGAUUCCCGCCUCAGCCAUAUCCCGUUACGAAGCCUCGAUUUUGACCAAUAACCGAGGCACUUCGACGAAGCAAGGCACGAGUCUCUUCUCUCGCGUGGAGGGUGGAGCGAGUCGCUUGUCGAAGCUGAUGUCACGGAAUUCUACGAAGAGAUAG